CUCGCUAGCAGACGACGCACUUGACAAAGACAGUAAAAUUGAAGACGUCAUGUGGUAUAACCCAUGCCUCAAAUAUGAUACGUAACAAAAAGGUGCCAAUAUAAAUUUGCAGUUGAAAUAAAGCACCAUUAUAAGAGUGUACGCACGAAGUCGGUAUCAGCGCCCGCAGCAAAAUUACGUUGAAUAUGCCGCGAGCGCGUCGCAGCAUCCCACUCCAGUUCGCUUGCAGCGCCCUCGCAAAAUUUUUCCACACGCGGCGCCUCAGCGGGAAAGCGUCGUUCGAUCCACUAUGGGCCGCGCCCACGGAAAUAGCCACGCACUCGCCAAACGCAUCCAAGCCUAUCCAGGUAACGGGCUGGGUCGUUGUGUCAACAAACAGUCCGUGCUUCCCAGUGUCGUUGUGUCAUUGCCAUAGUCUAAGCUAAACACACCGCUGCUGUCAGAGCGAUGCCUGCGACGAAGAACAUCUGAUGCGUAACGCUCGCCGCCGAGGACAUGGCUUACAUUUUGGUGCAGGCGUCACAGAUAUGUUCCGCUUGCGGAACAAAGUGCGCGCACCGGAAUGACAGCGCGCACAAGCGUCGACGCAAUGUCAUCUCCGCUUGCGAAGCGUCAUCGCAGAACGAGCGCCUAGUCCAAUCACCCGAAGAAGUUGCAAGUCCGCCUCGUUAACGUAUUGUUAUUCCUAAGUGUUCCAGACUCGAUACGAUCCCCGCUUUCGCGGCCAGGCUCUCCGAUGGCCGGACAGAGGACGGUGUUCUUCGUGAGGUGCCUGUUCGUCAUAUCCGUGCUAGCAGCCGUGUGCUUGUUGAAAUAUGAAUACACCAACAUCUGGACAAAUACGCCGGAGGGCUUUCCGAAAGCCAGGAAAUCUCAGAGCACAGUUCAACUCCGGCCCCAGCCGAUUGCGGCGAACGUCACCAGCCAAGCACCUACAGAGCGUGUCAAGCUGGUCGUGGUCACAUGCAAGAGCCUGCUCAACAUGACUCUCACCAACAUCAAGUCAGCAGUGGCUUUCACAACGGUGCCGUUGGAGCUUCUGCUUUUCGCCGACGAUGAGAACAGAGAGCCGCUGCGACAGGCAAUUUCUUUAUGGCCUGAAAGCGUGCUGAAGCGGAUUCAUUACAAGGUGUCACCGGUGAAGUUCCCAGAACCGGAUUCCAAAAAGUGGCAGACCCUCUUCAAGCCUUGUGCAUCGCAGCGCCUAUUUCUUCCUAGCAUGCUGCCAGACGUGGACGCGGUCAUCUAUGUCGACGCCGAUGUCCUGUUUCUGAGCCCGAUUGAGAAGCUGUGGCAGCAUUUCGCAUCCAUGAACGGCUCACACCUGGCAGCAUUGGCCCCCGAGAGUGAGGACUAUGCCACCAACUGGUACCGGCGCUUCGCCAGGCACCCCUUCUACCAACCGCUUGGUGUCAACUCAGGCGUAAUGCUGAUGAACCUCACCCGCAUGCGGAAGUUUGGCUGGGAGGAACGCCUGGGGCCACUGCUGCAGAGGUACGGCCGCGAUAUCACCUGGGGUGACCAGGACCUCCUCAACAUCUUGUUCAGCGCCCACCCUGAACGCCUGCUGCUGUUUUCAUGCCGGUGGAACUACCGGCCCGACCACUGCAUGUACGGAGUGUACUGUACUGGACCGCCGGCUGUUGUCCACGGGUCACGCAAAGCCUUUGUCAAGGACUCGGAGCCGGCUUUCCGGGAACUUCACCAGGCCAUGGGGCAGUACGAGCUGGGUGAAAGCCUCAGGGACACUUUCAUCGCCCCAUUCAAGGAUGGACUCAGCAGAAGUCGCAAGACUCGUUGCGGGCAGGAGUUCCUAAAGCAGGUGGUGCACUGGGAAGCUACAGCACGCAGCGUCGACAGUGCUGCCACUAAGACCAGACAGAGUACAGAGUCCUGAGAAGAAUCCUUGGUUGGGAUAAUGUAACGAUUCUUUUCUAUUCCACUGCUAUUUCUUUUAGCACUUCAUCACUUGCCAUGCUUACAUUAUCACCGAGAUCGGUUAGUCAUGAAUGGUGAAUAUUCUGAUAAGAAUGGAAUCAAGUGAAGGGAAGUCUUGCAUUAUAUCGGGCUCUGUGUAAUUUAAUCUUGUUGUCAUAUACAGUAGAACCCCACUAAUACGUUCUUCACGGCACCGUGAGAAACUGGAAAUGUAUUGUGCGAACAUGCUGCUAAGAUCACACGAACAUGCUGUUAAAUAUUAAAUGAAGGACGCUAUGCACAGCUCAGCUUCCAAAGUGUUUGCAGUCGCAGACUGAUAAUCUGGGCUCAACGGGGACUGCCUAAAGCUCUGAAAUAUUGGAUUUUGCAGGGAGUGAGCGGCUCAUUGCAAAGGUCGCCAAAAAAGCUGUGUCGUAUUCUGGUAUUGUCACUUUCGGGGAUGCCUCAUCUUUCGCAAGAUUUCACUUGACUAAUGCUAGACAUUAUGGCUUUCUUGGCACAGUGCCAGCAUCGCUGUUGCCAGUCGACCCAUCCGGUGCUACAAAACUAGUAGUAGUAUCUUCGAAAGUGAUAGUCCGAGAAUACAGCCCAACUAUGUCUAGGCGUUGCUGCGCGCACAUGCGCUCGCCUGUGACCUGGUCAGUCCAUAUUUGGACCAUUGUCAUGCUGUCUCUACAGAUAGAUGCAAGUACAGUCAAUGCAUGCACCUAAUCUUCGUCCCCUGGCAACAUAACCACAGUGGAGCGAGUUGCAAUAGCCAAAUGACUGUGUGGUUUCUUGCUGAAGUGGCUAGCGCAAAAGUAGACAUAAGGUACAAAAGGGCGACAAGGAUUGCGCUUGUCCGACAAAGACAAGCGCAAUCCUUGUCGCCCUUUUGUGCCCCAUGUCUACUUUUGUGCUAGCCACUUCAGCAAUGGAAUACCAAUUAGCCCAGUCUCACACCCUGCUUCGGUUUCUUGCCACAGUCAUUGCCUGGCGUUGCCUUCACAAGCGAGAAAGAUGGUGGUUUGUGCUCCCAUCUAUAUUCCAUCUUUCAUCUUAAAGGUGUUGUUAACAUCGUGUUGAUUGCGAGCCUGUAAUUCUAUGUUGCCAUAGUAUUUACGUAUUUGAAGUAUGGGGGGUUUGUAUUUAAAAUGACUUCUUAGCGAAAAUUCGAGCUGCCAUUGUCGCUGUCACGAGUUUCCCCUGUGCGCUAUCUCAUAGUAGCUCCCUAUUUAUUAUUUUGUAGAACUAAAAAUGCGCAAAUUUUUUAGCCUAUUUAUGCAAUUCCUUGCUUCUCUGCCUUUAAUAGUUCCUGCAAGUCGCAAGAUUACCUCUCAGGUGCCUGUUUGAAUAAAGGUAUACAAUUGUUCUUUGUGCAGUAUUAUCAAUGUUCGCACAUAGAAUUGCAUAAAUUGAGCUGUUUCUUAUUGAGUAGCCUUUCCCUAUGCAUUUGUUUAGGAUUCUCAAGUUUUUUUUUUUGCAUUUAUUUUUGCCCCAUCAGAAAUGACAUGCGCAAUACAGUAGGGCCAUAUGGUGUCACAGUUUCUUUUAUGUCACUUUUAAUGCAUUUUUCUAGUUGGCUUUUCUUCACAUUUUGAAGAGACACUAAAGGCAACCAUAAAUUCAAGCUAGUUAUCAAUCAGCAUUCCAUUAGGCGUCCGAUUUGUCACUUUUACGCUUACAGAAAAACCCAGCGUAGUGACUUGUGGCUACGGCAUUCUGCUAAUGUGCACAUGGUCAUGGGUUCAAUUCUGAGCCACCACGGCUACAUUCUAAUGAGAGCGGAAUGCAAAAAUGCCCCUGUACUUAAAUUCAGGUACAAGUUAGAGUACCCCAAAUCUUUGGAAUUAAUCCUGGGUCCCCUGCUACCAUAUCUUCUGUAGUGCAUCGAUUCGGGAUUCUUAACCUUAUAAUUUGACGACUCUUUCUACCGGAAACAGAGCAUUUAUGAGCAAGGAAAUGAGACCCUGUAUAAAACAAGGUUGGAGCUGCCACAUUGCAAACGUGAUACCAGCUCCCAUGGCAUAACUAGGUUACCAGUGAUCAUUUUAGGAAGUCCUUCACAGAUAUAUGUCACUAUGACAACUGAUACGUCAGAGACAUCAAAGGCUUUAUAGGAAAGUUAUUACACCCUUCUAAAGUAUUAGGGGUCUGUUUGCUAGCUCACACCCUAGCUCGAAUGCACCAGCAAUACGUUCACUCCCGCAGUUGUAUAUAUAAGCUUCUGGCUGACCUCCAAUGCGGAGGCAGUGAAAGGUAAAGAAACAAAUUACUGAGUACUGGUUAAAAACAAGAAUUGCACAGAGAAGUUAUCAAUGCAAGUGAUGUGCAAGCAAGCUAACAUUUAUAAUCAUUGAUAAAUACGUUUCAUAGCAAAGGUAGGGGUCCUGGCUCUUCUUUAACGUUUGAUACGAGCCACACCAAUGCACAAAGCCAGCUGUGGAACUCUGCUUAAAAGCUUAAACAAAACAGCUUAAAACGAAGUGCAGCCUUGCCAAUUGCAUUUUGAAGCUUGAGAACUCGCUACCUAUUCAUGCUGCUUUGUUGGUAGUUUUUAUGAGAGAGUGGUUCCCCCUCUUUCCUAUCCACAUACUCAUGGUAGUUGUGCCCAGCAGAGCAUGGCCUCAAAGAUCACUAGUGCAGCUAUGCAAGACAAGUCAUUUUCUGCUAGCUGUUCGAAUCGUGGAGGUACUAUUGUGUGGCCCCUCCAGUGAAAUUUUUUCCUGCAACGAUGUGACCUCUUGGCAUAGAACAAAUACUGCAAGGUUUGUGGAAGGCUAACUUAACAAUGUAGAUUAAUUCACUGAUUGGCUUUGUGUUCCUUUAAGUCUGAAAUGUCACUGGUAAAAUAUGUCUCAUUAAAGCAUAUCAAAUGUACUUUACGUGCAUUCAUUUCAACUAUGUGCUGCAUUGUGCCAUGUACAUUUCUCCCUUCGCGCAUUCUGUGUAAUGAUGGGAUGCAGUCAGCACAAAUUUCCAUUGCUCUGUUAGACAUUUUGAGCAGUUUGAAAGUGGCUUGUGUGUGAUGCACUAAGCACCACAGCAAAGAUGGAAAGGAAGCGACCCUCAUUGUUGAAAGGUCAAGCCUGGGUGAACCACAGCUAAUUUUGGAUUGACAAUCACUGUUUAUAGUAGACUGAGAAAGAAGAGAAAUUUAUUUAACCGGUUGUGUCGUAAAUCAUGAUGUCAUCUAGGCUCCUUUCAAAACUGAUAAAGAAACACCCUGCUUGUGUAGUUAACCAAGUCUUGCGAACUGAUACUUGCAUUCAACAUUGUCUGCUCUGCAAAAAUUUGUUUCAAGCACGCCAGCAUUGGUGCUGCUGGGAAGAAUGUCUACACUGCUUGGCCUGUAGAUGAUGUAAACCUUGUGAUGGGUGCCGUGCUUGUACCGAAACAACACGUUUAUUCAUGUUUUGUUGACGCCACCAUUGUUUAAUUGUUUAUUGCCACUUGUGAUGCUUGCAUUCUUAGAAAAGACAGUUGAAAGACUUGAAACAGUUGUGUACGUUAGAGCCAUUUGUGGUGACAGAUACUAGCUGCACAUUUGGUAUUUGCAAAUUCAUAAAUGUCGAAAAAAAAAGAAAAACGUGUCACAGGAAAACAGUGUCACAGUGCGGGUGGGCAUAAUCUCAAGAUAUACACAGCACUGUUGAGUGUUGUGCUAAGCUGGGUUUCGAGCUGGGCUUCAGUCCUUAUUGUGAUAACUUUCAGCGUGUGUUUGCAUUUUUAUGAACCAUUGGCAUAAAGAGUGUUUGCUUAGCUUUACCUGUGGUUCAUUUGUUUCAGAUCUUAAUGCUGUUUAUGUUUAGCUCAUUGUGCGGUAGAUUGCAUUUAAGCUGCAUUCUGUUACGUAGAAUUUAUUGAUAAGCCAAGCAAUUAGGCACAUCAGUUCCCAUAGGUUUGAUGCGCUUUGGUUAACCUCAACUUCUAGCAGAACAAUCAUAUUGCACUGUCCCUUUGUGUUUGGCUUGAGGGAAGUAUACUUUAUUACAGUGCAGGUGAUCUAGCUAAGUGGUUCACACCUACAAAUUGCUGUGUUGGACAGCUUUGGAAGCAUAAAAUGGUGCCAUAGUUUUUUUUCCUGUUUUUUUUUUCCCUCGGGUGUCUUAGCCUUCCUAGGAACCUCUAUGCUAAGCACACAAUGUCUACAAGUUUUUACAGUUCUUGUCUAAGGACGGGUGCCUGGCAUUGCACGCUCCGUGAACAAGAAAUCGUUGUAUAGUGUGCUUCUUGCAUUUCUUUUUUAGGUUAUUAUUAUUGGGGAUGCAUGUAAUCAACUAUUUCAAGUUUGGUAGCUGCCUGUAAUUAAUGAGAUAACAGUUUCCAACGAGCUCACAUCGUCAUUAUGACUAUUUCUGCGGUUCAUGACCAGCCCAUUUUAUCGUAAACGUUUUGUUUUUUCUGUCAUAUUCAGGGCGUUACUUUUUAGCAUUCCUUUACAUACUUUUACAUGUUUUAGAGUAAACAGUAAUGUCGAGCACCAAAAAACCCACUGGCCAUUUUCGCCCCCAUUUUACUAAAAAAAAGAAAAAGCAUUGACCAUUACGAGGUUAAAGCACACAGUUAUGUGCUUAUAGAAGAGAAGCUGUCCAUGUUCCUAGGUUGUCAUACAGUAGUGAAGUCAGGUCUGCAAAUUUGUUGCUCACAUAAUUAAAAAUUUGCUAAGGCUUCAUUAACCUAUUCAACCACACUUCUUUAGACAUCUAUUAUAAAUGUCCCUCAAGUAUUGUGCCAUGACUGUCCGAUAAAGGGCAAGAUGCAGAGUCAACAGUAUUUUAAAGGCACAGGUUCGCUUGACAGUGCAUGACUUCACAUAUAAAUGUUAAGGCCUCGCAGUACAUGCUUAGUAUUUAUUUCGUUUCUUUGGUCCAGUGCACUUUUAGAUUGCCUAGUUAUGUUGUACAGUUUGGAAUUUUGUUUUUGGAAAUACCUUUCCUGUAGCAUACCAAUUGAACCUUACUGUAGAGCACACUCAUUGCCUGUUUGUUCCAAACUUUUGUUAUGCUAACUUCGCAAGAUACUACGUACAAUUGAUAAUAACAACUAAACAAAGCCUAAGUUCACAUACCGUGUAAUGCAUGUCGUGACAUGAUGUUACACAUCUGCCACCAAGGCCACGAG